AUGAAUCUUGAACGCAAAGCUGGAAGUUUUGAGCCUACGGUGCCAAAUAUCUUCUCCGAUGGGUAUUCUAAUGUUGGCAAUGGGGCUACUCCACUGGUUAGCAAUAAAGGCUCGAGCUGGAAUGGGAAUUCAAUGGCUUCCUUGUCCGUAUAUCGACAGCCCCGAAGGCGAUCAACGAUACCAUUGGCAUGGAGUUCGCAAGCUCAAGGACCCAUGUCUGACACUUCAUUACAGUCAAAGCUAUCAAGUAAGAUAUAUCGACGUACUUUUUGCAAUACAAGAAGGCUAAUGGUUGCCCCACGACAUGAAGAGUCUUCCUGGGCGGGUAAGACAGAUAUUUCUAAUUCCGAACUUCUGUGUUCUCGAGUGCAUUGUGGCGAUCUACAUCGGGUCUCUUCAGUGGACAGCAUGCUUUCCCUGCGGGCUCAAGCGUUCUCCGACAUGUCGAACUUGGACAUGUUUUUAGAAACACCAAAAAGUCCUUCUCUGUUCCCAUUUACCGAAUGUCGGGUGCAAUCGUUUGAUGGGCUGAUGAAACAAAAAUCGCCUCCUGCAGAUAGCAAGAAUGCAUCAAAUCCUUCGAAGAGGCCCGCUCGGGAUAAUAGAGCACCUCAGAAGAAGAGUCGCGCUACUAGGACAUCGGAAAAGACAGCUGAAGCUGAUGAGGACUGUGGUCGGGAUGAAGAAAGCAACGACGUCAACAAAUGCGUCGAGUCAUUUGCCUGCCCCUUUUACAGAAGGCAUCCAGAACGUUAUUUUGACUGUAUCAGCCUCAAAAUGCCUCGCAUAUCAGAUGUCAAGCAGCACUUAAAGAGGCGUCAUAUGGCGAAUUACUUUUGCCCGAAGUGUUUGAAGGGAUUUUCAGCGCUAAAGCCAUUCCAAGAACAUGUUGUGCAACAGGAUUGCUCAAUGGACCUUUCAGAAAACACUGACGACGUCUCACCCACUACACAUAAUGCCAUCAAGGUCCGUUUCGAGAGGGGUUUGUCACCGAGGGGUCAAUGGGACAAGAUAUGGAAGAUCUUGUUCGGCGAUAUCGAUAAUGGCCAGAAUCCGUAUCAUGAAGGCGUUUUCAAAGAGAUUACAGGAAUAAUUAGGGGUAUUUGGGCAGAAGAGGGACAGCAUAUCAUUUCCAAUGUGCAGAAAACUAAGGAUAUGCCAGAGGAUUGUGCUGAUCAGCUACGUCCGGUGGUAUUGGAACUCCUGGCUCGAGUAGAAACUCGAUUCGAACAAAAGGCUUUGGAAGGGAACUCAAAAGAGCGUUCUAACAAUGCCGAAAGUACUUUGGAAAAGCUCAAAGUUGAUACGAAACUAGGGCUUACUCACGGUCCGUCUCUAGGCAUUCAGACCAAUAUUGCCCCUCACGAUACUACAUUGUCAUCUUCUAAUUCAGGAGUGGCAUGUGCUUUAUCUGAGGGUCUCGGCUCAGUGAAGAGAAUGUGUGGCCUUUCGAUGCCCCUUGGAUCACAGGAUCAACAGGCUGAAAUGCCAUAUCUCAAUUUCACUACAAGAGACUUGCCGUCGUCAAGCGAUGGAGACAAUUGGCUAAAUAUCGAGCCACACGGUGACAUUUUGAAGAAUCUUUUUGAGACGGUCUAUCUCGAAGGUGCGGAAGAUUGGAUAAACGUGGUGGACCCUACGCAAGACGAUGAGAUACUGAGAAUAGAGGACUAG